CUAAUCUUUUUUUUUUGGGUAAUUUUUUAUUUUAUUUUUUACUUAUUCACUCUUCCGAGAGCCAUCCUGCUAUGCCCGCCUAACCUUCCACAUCAGCAUUGUCGCUUGUGACCUGACCGAUCCUAGGAUUUCUCAACCACGACAAGCCGUUUCACUGUCUACGUCCUAGAUCGUGGUCUAUCAUCUGCGCCGGAUCGAGCGCCCAUCGUGCAUCCGACUUUAUAUUUGACUUGCUGCUGUGGUGCACCUCCAUUGCCUGGAAACCUGAGUUGCGCGCACCCCGCACUCCCACACACUCAACAAUCGGGGUUUUCAUUUCCUACCAUAGGCAAUCUCAAUUACCACUAAAGAGCCUUCUUUUCCUUAUUUAUCAUUUUGAUCAUCCCCUUGCCGCUGUUUGAUGGUAAUCGAGUGCUAGCAUCAGCCAGUGCCGGCAUUGAUCAACUCAUAUUAGGGCUGUCACUCUUCGGCACCUUUCUACAUCCCGGUACUUGACCCUAUCUCCCACACACGGCCACAUCCCCAAUUAAACACCACUUUCCUCGGCCUCAAUACGUUUUGACUUAUACUUGGGGUGGUUUCGCCUCUGGUGCGUUGGUGGUAGCCGCCUGAGGGCUUCCUCGAUUGAGGCACGCAGUAAGCCACAGCGGUUUCGCUGCGGUUCCAUAUCCAUACCCGACAGCCUUUCUAGACUUCUUCAUUGCAUUACUAAAACCAGACGCAAUGUCGACCUCGACUUUCUCUUACGCCCAAGCCGCAAAGGGCCAGCUACCUGCGCAAUCGGUGACAUCGCAGCAAAGUCCUAACCAUAGUCAAACACCAUCAGUUACUGGCAACCCGAGCCGCGACACCAACACGACGAACGCCAGUACCCGAGACCCAUCUGUAGCUGUUUCAGCAUCAUCGCACGACAUUGAUUCUUCUCACAGUGUCCGCAGCACAUCUGUGAAGCCCGACGACUCUCAACUGAAUGGAACUGACAUUACUCAAGAUGACACCAAUACCGUAACGUCUGUUGCAGAGUCUGUCGGCUCGGCAAAGGCAGGGGCAGAUCAGUCAUCUUUGGAUGAUGGUUUCAAGAGUACAGAAACACGAGGACGUCCAAUAAGUACUGGCUCGGAUGCUGGCGAACAGGAUGAGGCCAAGAAAGGUAGGAAGCCCAAGAAGAGCAAGUCUACCGAGAAGGACAUAGAAGCUGGAGAGGAUGUGGAGAAGGCUGCCUUACCAGCCAAGGUAGAACUUUCCGAGGCGCCGUUACCAAGUAUCAAUAUCUGGGUACAAAGACAACAAGAACAAGCCGCUAAGGCAAAGGCUGCCGAUCAGUCGACCAGUUCUAGUAUCAGUCCUGCGCAACCGAGCGUUGACUCCAAAACACGGUCAUCCCAGGGUGAAUCGGGAGAGGGAUCCAAAGUUUCUACCAACGGAAAAUUGGGUCCGAAAAGAGACGGCGAGUCGUCGCGCAACAAUACUCACGGUCCCAAGAGAACAGCUCCGCGCGGCGCCAGAACACAAGAGAAGGAGUUGGAUACCAACUUUGUUGCAAGCAACCCGGCUUCCUGGCCGACCCCAGAGACAGCCGCCGUAAAUUUGAAGACCCAACCACAGGCUCAACCAGAAAAGCUGGAAAAGGAGGAUAAAGAAGAUACCAAGACGGUGAAGCCGAAACAGAAGAAUGAAUGGGUCAAGAUGCAGAACUUCGUGCCCAGCGUUAAGUUCGAGACGCCUAUUAAUCGAGGUCCGCGUACUGGCGCUCGUACCGGAGCUCCUCGUGGUGGACGUGAUGCUACUGGGAACCACCAGUCUGCAGUCAGCUCUAAUGACCGAGCACAGGAAGCCACCGCUGGUCCCCGUACUAGCUCAGGACCUAAACGUGCGCCAACUGAGAGUUCCGGGCAACGCGAGGGCCGAAAGAAUAAUUCACACGUGGAGCACUCAAAAAUACAAAAGGAGUCAACAUCGGAUAUCACGAGUCGUGAUCAACACAAGCCUAGCCAGUCUGGAUUUGUUAAUGGCACAACUCAAGAGCAGUCAGGGCAAGCUCCCAUGUCAAGUCAACAAGCAGGAGAAAAUGUCAGAAAUUCCGAUUCCUCCAAGGAUAUUAGGACCCAAACUCAUAAAGAACACCACCCCCAAAGCCAAAAUGGUUCGAAUCAUCGAGGCAACGAGCGAGGAAGGGGUGCAGGUCGUGGCCGUGGUGGCUUUAGUCUGAACAAUACCAAUGGAAUGUCUCAAUACGCCCAACAUCCCUAUGCGGCCCAGCAUCACACAUACCAAUUCCCAUCUAGCAACCCCCGCCACGGUAGUCAUUAUAAUGCAGGCUACCAGCCUGUCUCCUAUUCAUACUCGGCUCAAUCUGGACCGGGUCAGCGCAAACCUACGAACGGAAAUCGUAGACAAGGUAGUGGAAGGGUUCCAACCAUGGCACCUAUGAAUAUCCCCUACGAUCCCACCAUUUACCAUGCUCCUAACGGUGGAAUAUUCCCAUAUGAGUCUGGAAAUCUCCUGCAACUUGCUCAACAGCAAGUUGAAUACUACUUUUCCGUCAACAACAUUGUGAAGGAUCUGUUUUUGCGGAGACAUAUGGACAGCCAAGGCUUUGUAGCCAUCAGCGUCAUUGCUUCGUUCAACCGCAUGAAAGAAUUGCUUGUUGACCUGAACAUCCUUCGUCAGGCAUGUAUAGACUCUGUCCUACUCGAACUGGUUAUGGGCAACGACGGUGUUGAACGGGUACGAAGUAAAGAAGGAUGGGAUAAGUGGGUUUUGAAAGACAUGAGUGAAAGACAUCCCUCAGCUCGCCACGAAGGCCCAGCUUCAUGGCAGCCUUUCAGCAACGGGUUCCAGCAUCCCAUGAUGUCCCCUCAAUAUCCGGUUGAGGCUCCUCCCAUGUUCUCCCCUACGAGCGAACACGGGUUCGCACAUUACCCGAAUGGUAACUAUGGGCUACCUAUGAAUAUGGCUGCUGUGAAUGGCUCCAUGGCGUACACUCGCCCACAGGAGUCUCAGCUUUCUGCUACGGUCCCUGAAUUCUCGCCAUCCAAUACCUCUACCUUCAACGGCUUCAAGCCUGCCUCAGUGAAUGGCGGCGAGGACAAGAAAGCCGUAGCCCAUGGGGAAGUGAAUGGUAUCUCCCCAUCGCACGAGCAGCCUCAUUCUUUGACCAAUGGUACGAUUCUUGGUCAACCACAGGCACUUGUUGACAACUCUCAUCUUACCAAUGGCGUUGGCGUUGCACAUUGAAUAUAAGGGUAUUGAUUAGGCCCGAGCACAUACCUAUUUGUUCGGACCUCUUUUAGGUCUCGUAUCACAUUCUCCAAUCAGAUUCUACUUCCG